AUGGAUAUCAAAUUUGUUCUCGUUACUGGGGCCACUGGUUUCAUCGGCGCUCAUAUCGUGGAUGCCCUGCUAGCUCGUGGAAUUCGCGUGCGGGGUGCUACUCGAUCUCUAGCCAAGGGAGAUGCUAUGUUACAGACGCGAAAACAUCAUGCAGACUUACUUGAGUUUGUCCAGAUUGAAGACUUUGAAAAUCCCGGUGGCCUUGUUGAGGCCGUGAAAGACGUUGAUGGGAUUGUUCAUACAGCCAGUCCCUUUACAUACGACACACAAGACAACGAGAAAGAACUCAUUCGCCCUGCAAUCAACGGAGUGAGGGCUGUGCUUGAAGCCGCCUCUACGAACCCAAAAAUACGACGUAUUGUAUUGACGUCCUCGUUUGCCUCGGUGCUUGAUGCCAACCGCAAAGCGCCGCCGUACUUUACCUACACAGGGGCUGACUGGAACCCGUUAACAUAUGAAGAGGCGGCAGAUAAAGCCACCACUGCUGUCGUGGCAUACAGAGGGUCGAAGAAGUUCGCCGAACUAGAAGCCUGGGACUAUGUUCGCGAGAAAAAGCCAGCAUUUGAUCUCGUAGCACUUUGUCCUCCCAUGACGUUUGGACCGGUGGUACACCCUGUUUCCAGUGUUGAGAAGCUCAAUGAGUCGAAUGCGAUGCUGUGGCAGGUUGCAAGUGGCUCAGCUUUGCCUGUUGCUCGGGUACCUUUCUGGAUCGAUGUGCGUGAUCUGGCUGCUGCCCAUAUUGGAGCGCUGCUCACGAAGGAGGCUGGCGGGAGAAGGUAUACACCAACAGCACCAGAGCGAUUCUCGUACGCGAAGGCGGCGGGAAUAAUUGCUCAAGAGUUUACGGAUUUGAAAGACCACGUCUCUCAAGAUGAACAGAAUAUUGAUGACAGCUACGGCUUGGACGGAGAGGCGGCAAGCAAGGAUCUCGGCUACACAUACCAUUCAUUCAAGGAUACCGUCCGUGAUUUGGUGGCGCAGGCUCUUCAAAUGAAUAGAUCGGAGUAG